AUGUUUGGCAUCUGAAUGUAUUUGAAUGUGUUUCAGUUUGUCUCACGUUCACGUCUGGCCAGGUCGUUACUUUUGUCGGCCAUUAGCUUUAAUGGCCUUGUUUGGCCUCGUUGUGUUGUUUGAUCAAGGAGAAAAAGAAAAAAGAAUCUGGUAAACAGGUCCCCCCCGAGACUGUAAACCCGCGUAACGCUCACCUGCCUCUGCAGUAAUGUCUUCAAAUGGAUGUGUUUGUGUCAGUCGCCGCUUUUUAUGAGGACUUGGCGCUGGAAGAGAUUUUGAUUUUAAAUACGUUUGCAUAGGAAAUCUUGUGUGAUUAAACAAAUGUCUGAUCAUCAGUCUUCACCACACCUUCAGAGAAAAAAAACAUACAGCAUUUGUAGUUAUGCUUCACUUUAAUCAGCUCGACUAAGUAAAUCAUGCAAAUGCUCUUAAAAGCAACAGCUUUUGUUUUGGCAUCUUGAUAUAUAUAAUAAUAAUAAUAAAAACGGAGUCCUGGAAAAACAUCGGAAAGUGAUGAGACGCGAAGAAAAGUUGUGAUAAUGUCACUUUCCUUUUUUUUAAAGUAACGAUAUAUAUGUCGUCAUUACUUUGCAGACUUUCACGACAUGGUUAGAAAAAAUUGACGAGAUGUCACACACAUUUGAAAUUUUUGAAAAUUAGAUCAAUGGCCGAAUCGAAUGCGGGAGCAGCUGUGUUUUGAUUCCUGCCGCAGAUCUUUUCUCGUGAAGAGGUUUCUCCGUAUCCGCCGUCCCGUGCUAAUUAGUUGUUUUUUUUCCCCCUCUUCUGUCACACACACACAGCUCCAUUCUCCGCCAUAAAACUGGGCCACAUGCCAAGAACAAGUCACCGUUUCCUUUAAAGCUCAGACGCUCUAAUCGCAAAUCGACCAUCAACUUCAGGGCAUUUAUGACUUUACUGCCCCGGCCCCUCCAUGUCAUUUUAAACAGCCUCAGCCUUAUAGGGGAAGGCCAUGUGCUUCCUGACAUGCUGGAUUAUUCUGAAUCAUUUCACUUAAGGGUCCAGAUGCUACCUGUCUGUUGCCCUCCGCUGAGAGGGCAAUUAAAGCAGCCUGGUGCCUGCUAAAUGCCCCCUGCUUUCUGCAUGAGCGGAUGCGUCUCCUUAUCUUGCGCCUCUUGUCGUGAUGUCGUGCGCACCCUGCCCUCGCCGUGCCCACGCGCAUCAGCACCGCUGUGGCCACCGCCUUCUUUUUCUUUGUUUUUUUCCGCCGUCACAUGUCACAGACAUGGUUGCUUCUUCUGUCAGAGCCGUCUCUGAACGUGACGGAGGGAGAAACUCGGCUUGGGAAAACGGACAGUGUUGACCUUUUUCCAAAGAUGUGGGGAGGACACGUGAACAUGUCUUAGAGUUGGAGACUUUCUUUUCAGUUUGAAUUUUUUCUUUGAUUUAUCUUUGUCAUGGUGAAUUGGAGGCCGUGCUGCCAUGUCCCAAACUGAAGAGAUGCACGUGGCGUUCAAGGACUGCUUCGCCCUCUCCGUCUACACCUUCACCUUCCUGCUGGGCCUCCCUUCCAACCUGCUGGUCCUCUUCGUGUACGUGCGCAAGGCCUGCAAGCGCGGCGCCACGCCCAACGUGGUCUACGCCCUCAACCUGUGCCUGGCCAACCUGCUGCUCGUGGCCUGGCUGCCCGUCAAGGCCAUGGAGACUCUGCUUCAGGACUGGAGGCUGCCGCCGGCCGUCUGCCCCAUGUACAACUUCUUCCUCUUCUCCUCGCUGUACAGCAGCUGCCUUUUCAUCACCGCCGUGACGGUGGGGCGCUACCUCAGCAUCGCGUUCCCAAUCAUCUACAAGAGAUACCGCCACGCUCGAAUCUCCUGCUUCAUCAGCGCCGCCCUCUGGGCGUUGGUGCUGCUGCACCUCAGCUUCGCUCUGGGGGCCGAAGAAGGGGCGAACUUUGUCUCCGUCAAGGAUGACGCCUUAGCGUGCUACGACAACUUCACCGACACUCAGCUGGCUGUUCUGCUGCCUCUGCGUCUGGAGAUGGCCGUCGUGCUGUUUCUCUUGCCACUGGUCGUGACGUCCUUCUGCACGCUGCGUUGCGUCACGCUGGUGUGGCGCUCGAAUCUGCCCCUGAUGGGGAAGCGAAGGGUCCUGACCGUGGCGCUCUCCACCCUCGCCGUGUUCGUGGUGUGCUACGCGCCCUACAACGCCUCGCACAUUGUGGGGUUCGCGUCGAAGGAAAGUGUGAGGUGGAGGACGUACGCCAUGCUCACGAGCUCCUGUAACGUUUUCCUGGAACCCGCGGUCAUGCUGAUGCUGUCGCCGGCGGUGUCCAGGGGCUUCAUGGGAAGAAUCUGUGGACGGCAGAGUCACUUCAGCAGGAUCGAGGGGGUCCGGCAUCGGUGUCAGAACGCCGACGGUGUCGCGAAUGUCAGGGCGCCGCCUACGCUCUCCGAGAGGAGCCAGGCGGGGGGAGCAGAGGUGACUAAAGUCAGUCAGGAGUGAGGUCACAGGGUCGUGGGGACCUUGGGAAAGAUUAAUCGAAAAGGAAAAAACAUUCAUGGACACUGUGAUGGAUGGACGACCGUCCUUCGUGUGUGCCUUCCAACAUUCCCGCAAAGUCUAGCAUCAUCACUGCUAUCCGACUAGAUCCAGCACCGACGAAUAAUCUACACAACAUCUCUUUUUGCAAGUUUUGCAAGUCAGAAGUAUUGACAUAUUCAGUGUUAUGUGUUUCGACCAAUGGGAAUGGUCUAACGUGUCGCAAACUUGUCAGUAAAAGGGAAAUAUUUGCAGACCUGGAAAACUAUGGGGUUGUUUUCUUACCAGGGGAAAUGCAACGUCAUUGAAAUGUAACAAGGAUAAUGUCAACAAGGCUUAUUUCUCAAACAAGGUCAUUGAACCUUAUGUCGGACUAUUAGCUUGGUGACAAAUGGCUCCAUCUGGUGUCUUGUCAGUCACUGUCCCACACUGGAACAAGGGAAUCGCUUCAACACACGUCAUGUUCUCCUGUGGGAAGUGUUUGAUAGGUUGACGUGAACAGAGGUUUCUCACAGGCGUAACUAAAUAUCAUUAAUAUUCAAUAUCAUUAAUAUUCAGUGAAAGGGCCCUGGCACAAACAUCCAUCUGAGGCAUUAAGGUUUGAAAGGAUUCAUGUAUGUCAUUAAUUGAUUGAUUAGUUGCUCAAUGACAUUUUUCAUUUGGUUUGUUCUAAUAUUAAAGUAAUAAUAAAGUAUUUUCUUUCAACGUC